CGUCAUCGUCACCUAACCAUCGACACCUGAAUCACUGUUUGCCCCGCGGCCACUCAGCACCCCAAGCCCCACCAACGCAGCCCGCCACCAAGCGUCCCAGGCAGCAAAAGGUGCGCUGAAAAGCUUCUAUGCAGCGGCCCACUGCGCGCCCCAUGAAGACGCGACUUUGACAUCCUAAUGCAAAUUCCCAUCUUUGCCAGUCCAUCCACCAAACCGCACUUCUCCUUCUCUCACCACGCUACCAGUUACGCUAUUCUUCCUGUUACCCAGCAAGCGCGCAGUUUUCUAGAACCAGAUUUGCUACCGAGUCUCAGCCACCCGCCACCCAGUACCACUCCCCGCUCUGCGUCGUCACCCACUCCAAGCACGCAACAUCAUCGACCUCGACCAACCCGCCUCUUCCUUCUCUCCUGCUCUAUUCUCUAUCAACACGACUAGCUACUAUGGCGCAGGCGCCGCAGCCCAUGUUCAUCAACAUCCCUCCUCCCGCAACCAGCCAGGACCAAUCCUCCGAACUCCCUGAUACACCUACAAGCACGACCACAUCUCUCUCUACUCUCUCUACGACUGCCAUCAAAGACGGUCAGCGCGGCCAUCUCCCACCCGGCCCGAGCGGGCGUGGCCACCAGCACCAUCCGUCAACAACUAGCCUCGAGGCUGAGCGUGCCGAUCGCAUCUCCCGCCUUGCCGGUCUCGAACGAGUAUCAACCCUCCGAGCCCCUCCUCAGCGACAAGACAGCGCUUCUUCCAUCUCCCCGCAAACGACCCCGACCUCCACGACCGGCUUCCCGCCCAACUUCCCCGCCUCGCACAACCUGACACCAUCGUACUUUGACCGCAAUGGCCAGCCCGUCGCCGUUACCAAGAUGAGCACAGUUGGCAGCGCCUCUGCCACAGGGAGUUCCAAUGUGGGAAGUAGGCACGCUACCACAUAUGCAGAUGCGGACGAGGACAUGCGCAGCAGCGACACAAACGAUCGCGAAACGGCCGACUCCAUUGCAAGCACAGGCGGCGAGGGCGAUGCCAACAUUGACGACGACUUGGCUAACAGGUCAGUCGGCGGCUACGAUGAUCGCAUGAGCGAUGAUGGUUCAGCAUCCCUGGUUGGAUUCGGUGAGGGCGCCAAUAGCACCGUCUCUGGCCCUAUAUACCACCGCCGGCCCAUCCCAGGCGGCCAGUCUUCACAGGGCCAGUCCCACUCCGUUCCUUGGAUACCUGAGCGGACGGUAUCUGGACUGAGCGAUCUUCGCCAAGAGCAAGAAGAUGCUACGGACCAUGUGUCGUAUGCCGCCGAGGGCGGUGCAACUAUUCGUGGAACGCGCCAUGCCGCGGAAAGAUCAGCUUACCCGCCUGACGACAGUGACGACUUGAACUAGAUAGCUCUUGGUAUGUGCUGAGUGCUGUUACAAGCCCUUCAAUUGCUCUGGAUAGUUUUGGUCUUUUAUUACGGGAGCUUCCUCACUACUGUCUUGUGCUUUUUGUGCUUUAUGAUCGAUAUCCCUUUAUGUAUGAGAGCGUUUAUUUGUUGCCUGGAACAACUGUUUGUAUCUAUCACUUGCUACGUAUUUGUCCUUUCUUCUUCUUUCCUUGCGGAUCGAGGUGUAUAUAUUACGAAAAUAGAGCACGAAAGUUUAUGCACAUAUAAGAGGCGACGCCUGGGAGUUAACGUGAAAUAAAGCAGAU